AGAUGGCAGGAGAGCAGGCUGAGAAGAAGGUCAGGAGGCAUCACGCCAGCCGCAAUCCAGUGCUGGCCCGUGAAUUGGGAAAUAUUCCCGAUCUGCUAUGUUUGCAAGGAAAGCCUUGUACAAGCGCAAGUAUAAGGCUCCAGCGACCAAGAUUGAAAAGAAAAAAGAGAAGCCUCCAGCUACCGUAACAAAGACAGUUGGUGGUGAUAAGAAUGGUGCAACCGUGUGGUCAAGUUGCGCAAAAUGCCACGUUAUUAUCCCACUGAAGAUGUUCCACGCAAACUGUUAAGCCAUGGAAAGAAACCAUUCAGCCAGCACAAGCGCAAUCUGCGUUCCAGCAUAACUCCUGGGACUGUGCUAAUUCUCCUUAAUGGCCGUCACAGGGGCAAGCGUGUUGUCUUCCUGAAACAGCUUCAGACUGGUCUGCUCUUGGUCACAGGUCCUCUUGUCAUCAACAGAGUUCCCCUGAGGAGAGCACAUCAGAGAUUUGUCAUUGCCACCUCUACUAAAAUUGAUAUUUCCAGUAUGAAAGUUCCAAAACACUUAACUGAUGCUUACUUCAAGAAGAAGAAGCUGCGCAAGCCCAAGCACCAGGAGGGAGAGAUUUUUGACACUGAGAAGGAAAAAUAUGCAGUGACACAGCAGCGCAAAGCAGAUCAAAAGUUUGUGGACUCACAGCUCCUGCCUCUUGUCAAGAAAGAGCCCCAACUUCGUGGAUACCUGCGCUCCCAAUUUUCUCUGUCAAAUGGAAUGUACCCACAUAAGCUGGUCUUCUAA